GAGAGAGAGCGAAAGUGCUCGAUCACGUGACAGAGCUGUGUCGGGGGCGGUCCGUGCCGCGCGGUCUUGUGGGAGCAGUUUGAUGACGUUGACCGUUGAAGUAGAGGAAGAAUAAGGCGCGUCUGCUCUCGAUAUAUUCACGGGUGUCUGGCUCCGGUGUGGAGUAACAAGAGUAACAUAGCCCAGGUUUAGAGAGAAGGACUGCCCUCACAAGAUGGGGGCUGUGGUGUCUCGCUGGAGGGCAAAGGCAACCACUGUGGAGGUCUUGGAGGGUCUUGACAAGGAUAUCCAGGCCCUUGAGGAAUGCCGAGAGAAGAACCAGAAGCAGCUGAAGUUAUGGGUUUACAGACUGCUGCUGUACUCGUCCCUGCUGUACUUGAUCGCCUGUACAGUCGUCUACGCGUGCUACAUCCCAGAGCAGAUGAUAGGAAAAUUCAUUGUGGCAUCACCAUUCUUCAUAUUUCCUCUGUUAGUUUGGCUGCUGAGGAAACUGCUGAUUGUUUUAUACAACAAACGAACGGAGAUGAACAAUGAAAAGUUAGAAGAGCUGAAAGCAGACAAAAAGAAAAUACUUGAACAGGUCAUGGAAACUGAAACCUACAAAAAUGCCAAGCUGAUUCUGGAAAGGUUUGACCCAGACUCUAAGAAAAAGCUUGAGUUAGAGGCUCAACCCAUUGGCCCACCUGCGACUCCAAGACAAGGCCAAGAGCUGCGUCAGCGGCUUGUGUCCCCUCGUCCUGCAGGACGUCCACCUCUUGGCCCUGCAGUCCCCUCUACUCCACUGUCUGCCCCAGGAGGGCCGCCUGAAAAAGGUCUGUCUGCUUCAACCCCACAUGGUCUGAUCAGGAGGCCUGGGACCCCGGCUGGCUCGCCUGGCCCCGCCAUGGGAAUGCACCCUCCAGGUCCUCCGCUGGCCAGACCUGUCCUCCCCAGAGAGCGAGGAGCCAUGGACAGGGUCGUUGAGUACCUAGUGGGUGAUGGACCUCAGAACAGAUACGCUCUGAUAUGCCAGCAGUGUUUGUCUCAUAAUGGCAUGGCUUUAAAGGAGGAGUUUGAAUAUAUUGCAUUCAGAUGUGCCUACUGUUAUUUCCUGAACCCGGCCCGGAAAACACGUCCCCAGGCCCCGCGUCUCCCAGAGCUCGCUGCAGACCCCCCUGCUGUUGCCAUGGAGACAGACCUGUCUAGCCCCACACCUGCCCCAGAGGGUCAAGCAGCCAGUCCAGAGCAUGUAAAAGCAGAACCUGGAGAGCAGCGAGCAGAAGAGAGCCUCUCAGAAGAGAAGAAGCCAGGAGAUCCAGAUCCCCAGACCGGCCUCCCUGACAAAUCAGAGGACGAGCACAAUGUGUCCGCCAUGGAAGUGGAAUAGAGUGAGAGAGAAAUUGCCAAUAUAAACUGUAAUAAUCUGUUCAUCUUGCAUGUGUAUGUGUGUGGGUUUGAUUUUCAUAGUCUUUGCCUUUAGUUUAUUUGUUUCCUUUUAAUACCUGCUCAUUAUAAUUGCAGGGUUAUUUCAUAGAUUAGUAAAGGGAAGUAGAAAUUAAUAGUUCAAGGGAUUUUUGUGAGUUUUUGUUUUUUAAGCUACCAAUUAGAGCUGUGAAUAUUCAAUAACUAGUUACAUUGCCGAGUUUAAUAUUCAUACGUUGUGUCUUUGUUUACAAUAGAACCUGUAUGUAGAAGUGAAACCUUGCAGAAGUUUCAGCACAUAGCUCUUUGUUAUUCUCUUAUUUGGCACGACAAGCAGCUAGUGACAUGCUUUUCCAUUUCAUUCUCCAUGUAAACACUGUUUUGUGACUGAAUGCAUUUAAUAUCCUUAUCUACAAUAUGCAAUAAUGCAGAAAUGUCCUGUUCAAAAGUAUAUUUAUAAUAUUUAUAGUUAUUAAUAUCCUCUCAGUGCCUGUUUUUGAAGUGUAGCAUACAUUAGGUGCCGUGCAACGAGAGAUUGCUCCCAUGUUUACAUGUCUGUUCAGGUACUGCCAUAGGAAUGUCUGGCUAUUUAUUACGGUAUAAAAACAGCCCUUCAGUGUUCUCAGCCUUAUGUGCCUUUAUGCUUGACCUGCUUCAAUAUUAAAGAAAAGCAGAUUAAAUGUCUAAUGAUUGUCAAGCAUAGAAUUAUGUGCGAAAAUACAGUGCUGUUUUAUUUUGUCUACAAGGUGUAAGAAAUAAAGUUUUUAAAACAGUA